AUGUCUAAGCUCUUCACUCCUCUCAAGGUGGGCCGCGUAGAGCUUGCCCACCGAAUUGCCAUGGCACCCAUGACCCGAUUCAGGGCCGACGAUAACCAUGUGCCCCUGCCUACUGUGAAGGAAUACUAUGCCCAGAGGACAGCUGUCCCUGGUUCUUUAGCCAUCACCGAGGCUACCUUUAUCACUCAGAAGGCUGGUGGCUACAAGAACGUUCCCGGCAUCUACACACAAGAACAGAUCGACGCCUGGAAGGAUAUUGUCGACGCUGUCCACGAGCAGGGUUCAUACAUCUAUCUUCAGCUUUGGGCUCUGGGACGAUCUGCCAAGGCUGAGGUUUUGAAGGAGGAGAGUGGUGCCGAUCUGGUAUCUGCUAGCGACGUUGCCGAGAAGGAUGGUGGAAAGCCACGCCCGCUUACUGAGGAGGAGAUUCUCGAGUACAUCCAGGACUACACACAGGCUGCCAAGAAUGCAAUUGCCGCCGGCUUUGACGGAGUCGAGAUCCACGGCGCCAACGGCUACCUGCUGGAGCAGUUCAUCCAACAGUUUACCAACAAGCGAACGGAUGCAUGGGGUGGAAGCAUUGAGAACCGCGCUCGCUUCACCCUUGAGGUGACCAAGGCUGUUGUUGCUGCCAUUGGAGCAGACCGUACCGCCAUCCGCUUUAGCCCAUUUGCAGACUUCCUAGGCGAUCUCGACUACGACCCCGUUCCCCAGUACCUCUAUCUUGUUGAGCAGCUGAAGCCGUUCAACCUGGCAUAUGUCCACUUCGUCGAAUCCCGUGAGAAGGGCAACGACCUGUCGCCAAUCAUCAAGGCGUAUGACAACGCUGGCCCCGUCAUCGUAGCUGGAGGUUUUGCGCUGGAGUCAAGCAAGAAGGCCGUUGAUGAGGAGUACAAGGACUACGAUGUCGUUGUUGCCAUUGGCCGUCCUUACACAUCUAACCCAGACCUACCGUUCCGCUUCAAGGAGGGUAUCGAACUUGUGCCGUACCAGCGUGAGACGUUUUUUACUCCUAAGCUAGACAAGGGUUUCCACGAUUUCCCUUUCAGUGAGCAGUUUACUCUGCUGAAAGCAAAGGCAUAG